UAAACAAGUCACUUUCACUUGCAAACCAUAGCUCAACAAAAGCUCAUAUCUGAAGAGAGAGAGAAAGAUGGAGAGAAGAACGGCAGUGAGAAAGCCUAACACCUCCGCCGCCGAUCUGCUAUCUUGGUCGGAAACGCCUCCUCCUCCUCCUCCUCCUGCGUACCACUCACCAGCUUCCGCUGCUCGUUCUCAUCAGCCGUCAGAUGGAAUCAGCAAGGUUCUCGGCGGCGGUCAGAUCACUGACGAGGAAGCUCUGUCUCUCAAUAAGCUGAAGAAUUGCUCAGGCUACAAGUUAAAAGAGAUGAAUGGCAGUGGCAUAUUUGCUCAUGACCCAAAAGACGUAUCUGAAUCCGAUGCUACUACCGGACUUCGUCACUAUCAACAAACUCUAAACGGAGUGAGUCAGAUAUCAUUCAGCGCUGACGGGAAUGUUUCCCCGAAGAAACCAACCACAUUAACAGAGGUUGCAAAGCAGAGAGAGCUGAGCGGAAACCUGCUAACCGAGGCAGACCUAAAGAGCAAGAAGCAGAUAUCAAGUGCUAAGAUGGAAGAGAUAAGCGGCCACAACAUCUUCGGACCUCCAACUGAGAUCCAGCCUCCUCGAUCCUUGGCUGCUGCUGCACAACAGGAAGCUAGAAGAGGUAGUAACAGAGACAUGGGAGAGCCUGCACCAAGGAACCUUCGUACUUCUGUUAAAGUCUCCAACCCUGCAGGAGGACAGAGCAACAUACUGUUCAGUGAAGAACCUGAGGUGAAGACAUCAAAGAAGAUACAUGAUCAGAAGUUUCAGGAGCUCACGGGGAACGGUAUAUUCAAAGGAGACGAAUCGGCAGGGAGUGGAGACAAGCAGCUGAGCUCGGCUAAGCUGAGGGAGAUGAGCGGAAACAAUAUAUUUGGAGACGGGAAGGCAGAGUCAAGAGACUACUUUGGGGGCGUGAAGAAGCCUCCAGGCGGUGAGAGCAGCAUCUCACUGGUCUAAUUAAAAAAAAAAAAAAAACUAGUGGCAAUUUCUCUCUUUAAAUGUCGCUUUGAGCUUUUUCAUCUAAUAAGUGUGGGAUGAUGGUCUUUGUGACAAUAAACCGUUUGGUGUUGUCUCUGUUACAACUUACAAGUUUGUUUGAAAAGUAAGUAUAAGUAUGCUUGCUUACUCAA